CGUCCCGCAACGGGAGGGGGCGGGGGUUGGGUUGGGGUGGGGGGGUCCGGCCAUGGAGCGGCGGAGCGCGGUGCUGCUGGCGCUGUGCGCGGUGCUCCGCUCCGCUCCCGCCUUCAACCUGGACACCGCCUUCCCCGUGCUCAAGGAGGGGUCCGCCCCGCGCGGCUUCUUCGGCUUCUCCGUGGCGCUGCACCGGCAGAGCGAGCGGGGGGAGCGGUACCUCACUGCCACCCUGGGGUUGGUGUUACACCAGGGGGUGGUGGGCUUGAACUACAGCCCCCAGCAUGCAGUAUGGGGGGGGGGGGGGGGCUGGCUGCAGCGGUGCAUGCUGGGAGUUGUAGUCUGCAAGGCUGGUGCCCUGCUGGUAGCAGGGGGGUCUGCAGGACCCCCACCCAUCCAUCCUGUGGGGUCACCCUGUGUGAAGAGCAAGGACCCCCAGCCUGGGGGGACGGAAGGGAUGUGUGGGGGGGUGGGGGAUCCCUUCAUUCCGGGGGUGUCCCGGCAGGCGUGCGCUCACCGCUACACCAAGGUGCUGUGGUCGGGCAGCGAGGACCAGCGGCGCAUGGUGGGACGCUGCUACGUGCGGGGCAACGACCUCGGCCUCGACGUGAACGACGAGUGGCAGACGUAUCACAACGAGAUGUGCAACUCCAACAUGGACGCCGAGGAGACGGGCAUGUGCCAGAUGGGCGCCAGCGCCGGCUUCACCGCCAACAUCGUCUACUUCGGGGCGCCCGGCGCCUACAACUGGCAGGGUGCGUUGGGGGGGGGGGGUCACGAAGCCCCCUCCGUGAGCGUGUGCCCCGUGGGGCGUUGCUCUGUGGCACUUGAGUGUGCAUUUUGCAUGGUGAGGCGUUGCACCGGGGUGUGCACGUGGCCGGGUGCAAGCGUGCGCUUCUGCAUGGCGAGACCUCGUGCAGGCAUGCAGACGUGUGCUUGUUCUGGUGCACGCGUGCACUUCUGUAUGUUAAGGCGUUGCACCAGUGCGUGCACGUGGCCCUGUGCAAGCGUGCGCUUCUGCAUGGGGAGACCUCGUGCAGGCAUGCAGACGUGUGCAUGUUCUGGUGCAUGCGUGUUCUGUGUGGUGACGUUGUGUAGGCGUACAGCUAUGCAUGCCAUGGUGCACUCUUUAUGCUCAGAUGUGCAGGUGUACAGAUGCGCGUGCUCUGCUGCACACGUGCACUUGUGUAUGGUGAGGUGUUGCAUGAGCAUGCAGGCGUGCAUUUCUGUAUGGUGCACUGCCUCACCUCCCCCCCCCCAACUUGUCCCCAGAGCCCCCGCGCACGUGCAGUCCCACUUCAGCGGGACGGUGCUGGGCGAGUCGGCCAUGCGCAGCGAGCAGGACGUGGGCAGCCCGCUGGCCUUCGACUUCCAGGUGACGACCAAGGGCGAGGCGCUGGGCACGCUGGGCACCAUCGUGCUGGGCUUCGAGUGGCCCUAUGAGAUCCCCAAUGGCAAAUGGCUGCUGUACCCCACCGAGAUCCAAAUCAACGGCAACGGCACCUGCCUCCCCCCCGGGGGGGUCAUCAACCCCCUCAACCUCACGCUGCUGGAGGACGGGACCCCCACCCGGCACCGACGGGAGCUGGGGGGGGCCGAGCCCGCAGAGCCCCCUAUCACCCUGGCCACGGGCAAGAAGGCGAAGUCAGAGGUGCUGCUGAGCUGCUCGCAGGGCACCGCGCGCUGCAUUUGGUUCGAGUGCCCGGUCCCCGCAGCGCAGCAUCCCAUCACCUUCCAUGUCCGUGCUCGGGUGUGGAACAGCACCUUCAUCGAGGAGUACCACGAUUUCGACCGGGUGAAGGUGGACGGCACCGCCACGCUGUUCCUCCGCACCCACGUCCCCACCAUCAACAUGAGGAACCACACGGUGCGGUUCUCGGUGGACGUGGACUCGGAGCUGACCGAGGAGCAGCCGCCGCAGGUCGCGCUGUGGCUGGUGCUGGUGGCGGCGGCGGCGGGGCUGCUGCUGCUGGGGCUGAUCAUCCUGCUGCUGUGGAAG